AUGCCUCAGAAUAAGAAAUUUUUGCCAAAAAGAAAGAAAAGUUCCAAGUCAAAGAAAGAUAAUGUCAAGUUCCAUCGUACAGACUACUCGAGUGAGAUAUUUGGUGACUUUAGUGUCGAAGAUCUGAAGUUUUUGCAUAAAGUUCCUAUUAAGCUUCAGAUCAAGAAAUUAAAGGAACUGCUUAGAUAUGACAACAAAAUAGACGAUGACACAAUGCCGAAUAUCCUACCAGAUGCUGAUUCCUUGCAUGUCGAAGACACUAUUAAAACCGAAAUCAUUUCAUCAGGUAUAAAGGAAUUUGACGACUUAUUUGUAGCCAAAGGAAUCUUGUCAGGAACAAUUAUGGAAAUUUGUGGAAAGAGGAACGUUGGAAAGUCUAUUCUAAUCAACUCCAUCCUUAUUAAUAUCCUGAAAGACCAUACAGACUUUGAAGUCAUCUAUUUUGACUCUAAACCACAAUUUAGAACAGACAUAAUUACAAAACUUUGCGCUGCACAAGGCAUGAAUGAUAAAGAUGCUGAAAACAUUAACAAGCGAUUCUCAAUUAUUCAGAUCAACAACAUGUAUGACUUAGUUCAUGCAUUGGAGCAGCUUUUUGAUCCACAAAGAGUCUGUCGAAUUUACAAUAAGAAUUUUGACAUGUCUAAGGUUCGAUUUAUCGUCAUCAACACAAUUACUAUGCCUUAUUAUCAUUGCUCAUCGCCUCUAUCUGUCAGUAAGAAGAUUACGUCAGAUUUGCACAAAACAAUCCAUCGACUUGCAAAGUAUUAUGGAGUUACUUUCUUCAUCGCCAACAUCACACUUCAUAGACUGAAUAAAACAUCCGAAUCUGAUAAAGGAGAUGAUGCAUCCUCAACUAGUUCAGUUUUAAGUUUACUGGAACCAGCUGAGAAGUUUAAAGCAGCACUUGAUGAAUUUUGGCCUGAAAUACUUGAUUACAGAUUCUACAUGACUGAAUCAAGUGGAUGUUUUGAUAGUUUGGGAUUUUUGAAGCUGCCUCGCAACUUGGAAUUAGUUGAAGGUCGAUACGAAAAGAUAGGAGAAACAGCUGAAGUUUAUAUAACUGAGUUGGGCAUGGUUUGA